AUGGAUGCGCCGGCGCUGAAGCGCAAGGACGAACGCGGCGACACCUGGCCGCAUUUAUCCCCGGAUGCAAAAAGGCACAUUUCUUUGUUGAAGGACGACAAUCCUGCACCGGAUUCAGCCGCGCAGCGUGUGAGCAAGGCACGCGCAGAAAAGAUUCACACGACACGGAAGCCAACGGGCCGUGCACACUUGCUCAACGACGCCGUUCGGCGCGCAGAUCCGCGGCAGGGGAUUACCGUGUGGGCAUACACGGUGCAACAGGACGUGCCGGGCACGUCCUGCACUGCAUGGUACGAGCGUGUGUGCAGUACCAUGGGUCCAGCGCCCACGCCCGCGCCUGGCACGAGCAUGCGCCAGUAUGCGAAAGAGCAUGCAACUUCGCUAUCCACCGCAACAGAAUGUGCACACAUUGAGCACGAGCUCUCUGUACUCUUGCAGCAGACGACGGCAGUCACGGCGGCAAUAGAUUUGCUUGCUGCGCGCACAAAAUUGGUGCAGCUAGCCGAAGAUCGGCUGUCUGUACUCCCUCCUGUUGGCGCCCAUGCGCCGCAGGACGGCAAAAACCCACGUUGUGGGUUUGACGCACGGAUUUGCUGGGACGAUGAGCCGUUUAGUGCAUGGUCCGCGUCGGAGCAUGCACGCGCGAUGCUUCAGGAACGUGUGCCGCUCGAUGGGACACUGGUCUUGCCUGUUGACGAGCCACCGUCGGAAGCACUGCCCACUACCGGCCCCGCCGUUGUGUGCGGCGAAGCCAAACGCCGUUGCAAGCGGCACACCGACUGGUCCAUCACGCGCGGCGCCGACCUGGAAAUGGCGCGCGACAUGCAGACGCACUACUUAUCGGCGCUCGCCGAACGCGAGCAGGAGCUGAGAAUUGCAUUACAGUCGUUUACAGCGCAUCGCAUAGCUACAUAG